UUUAGUACGCCUUCGGAAGUGCAUGUCUUAGUACCUGGUGCAGGACUGGGUCGACUUGCCUUUGAAAUUGCGAGACGCGGAUAUACUUGUCGAAAUGAAUUUUCCUUGUUUAUGUUGUUUGCAUCAAACUUCGUAUUAAAUAAAUGAGAUGUAAACAUGUAUCAAGUACAUCCAUGGGUACAUCAAUAUACAAACAACUUAAAACCAGAACAUCAAACGCAAGCAGUUUCCUUCCCUGACGUAAGCCCAAGCGAUCUUCCUGGAACCGCACAAUUCUCUAUGACUGCGGGUGAUUUUCUAGAGGUUUACACAGAAGACAAUCAUUGGGAUUGUGUCGCAACAUGUUUCUUCAUAGACUGUGCCAAUAACGUUGUGCAAUUUAUCGAAACAAUUUAUAAAAUUCUGAAACCAGGCGGAAUUUGGAUAAAUCUCGGACCGUUGCUGUAUCACUUUAGCGAUUUACCGAAUGAAGAAUCGAUCGAACCGAGUUACGAUUCCAUUCGUGACGUUAUUCUGGGAUUUGGCUUUCAAUUAGAGAAGGAAAAGACACAGAUAAAAACUCGUUAUGCUCAGAACAUCAAUAGCAUGUUACAGUGCGAAUACAAUAGUGUGUACUUUGUAUGUCGAAAACCUUAUAAAUCUGACAGCACAAAUCGCAACGGCACUUCAACUAAUGGUAUGCAAGAACAAGAAACUGAAUAAAGCGGAUUAUUUUACUUGUAAAGAAAACACUAAAAAAUUAUUAUUUAAGUGCAUCGUCUUUUCAUAUUACUAUGAAGUAGUUUUGCGACUGCAUAAUACAUAAGACUUAUUUUUCCUU